UGGGGGUCAUUUAAACUUUAAAGGGCCAAACAAGACAGCUGGGUGUGUUCAUCCCGCAUGGGAGUGUAUGUGUCCUGUAUAUGCAUUCUCUAGCUCAUCCACUCACUACUAGACUCACUCAUUAAGGACUAAGGGACCCGAGAACAUCUACUUUACUACCUGAUAUCUCAUUGAGAAAAUAACUUUUACUACUUUUAUCUUCUUCACUUGUUCAUAAGAUACCUUCAAAGACUUCAAAGAACUUCUCAAAGGAUAUUGUUUCAUCUACAAGCCUUCACAGUUUCUAUCUGAGUAGUGUUUGCUGUCCCUCCACUAUGGGUGCCUUUAUUGCCAAGAUGCUGCUUCCUACAGUCAGCAGCUUGGUGUUCCUGCCUACAGCCAGCGUGGCUGCCAAGAGGGGCUUCCACAUGGAGGCCAUGGUCUACUUCUUCACCAUGUUCUUCACUGCGAUCUACCAUGCAUGUGAUGGACCAGGCCUCUCCAUCCUGUGUUUCAUGAGGUACGACAUUCUGGAGUACUUCAGUGUUUACGGCACGGCUCUUUCCAUGUGGGUCACACUAAUAGCUCUGGGGGACUUUGAUGAACCCCAACGCUCCAGUAUAACCAUGUUUGGAGUGUUGACCACCGCUGUGAGGACCUAUCAGGAUCGCUGGGGCUAUGGGAUCUACUCUGGACCCAUCGGAUCAGCUGUCUUCAUCAUCACUGUCAAAUGGCUGCAGAAGAUGAAGCAGUUGAGGGCGGUGUAUCCAGAGAAGACAGUGUACACUCAGCAGGUCGGCCCAGGCUGCUGCUUCGGCGCUCUCGCUCUGAUGCUGCGCUUCUACUUUGAGGAGUGGGACUAUGCCUAUGUCCACAGCUUCUACCAUCUGUCUCUGGCUGUGUCCUUCAUCCUGCUGCUGCCGAAAAAGAACCGCUAUGCAGGGACGGGACGAAAUGCUGCUAAGCUCAGCUGCUUCACCCUCUGCUGCUGCUCCAUGUCCCCUGGUACUUCUAAAGAGAAGACAGACAAGACAAAGAAGAAGUCGUCUCGGACCGUGUGGACAAUCCCCACAGAGAAGCUGUGGACACGAGAAUGUAGCACACCAACCCUGCCUCUUUACAACCCCCCACCCUCCACACCUAUCAAAGGGACCAGCAUCAGCAAGCUAAAAGAAAUGAACGGCUGGAAGUGAACCCAAAAACAUAACUGUCACUCCAUCGAGUAGGAGGACUUCAUCCUGAAGAACAGGCAGAGAUAGUGGUCGGCUACGAGCGGGAAAUGGGAAAAUCACCAAAUAACUGUCAGCCAAAUGCUGAUAAACUUGUAUGUGGCUGGUAAGUUAAUCUACUUCAGCAGGAAACCAACCAUCAUGUGGACGUUCCUUUCUACUCCAAAAAAUAAUUUUUGGCUGGGAGAAUAUUUAAGGUCAGCAGCGAUUUUUAGGAAUCCAACAGUUACUGUAGCCAGCAGGUAAAGAAACAAAAGCAUUCUAAAAUUUAAGGGCAAGAGCAAAAGGCGAAUCAGGCCUCCGGUGCCCUCAAAGACCCAAUAAGAACGCAGCUGUCUGAAGCACUUGUCCAAAGCUGAGGACAGGGAGCACACUACGAAAGAACCCACACACAGCAUGAACAGAAAGACGGUGGCUGAGACAAGCCAGUAAAACUGACUGGAAAAUUUAUGAGAAGAACAAACAGGCAGAUGUUUUAUCUCUCCAAAAUAUAUAAAUUGUCUUUAGAAAUGUUCCUCAGGGGAGACCCUUCGUCUGCUCGCCUGUCUGUUCGUCCCCCCUCCUCUUUCUGUUUCCCGUCUCUCUCAGGGAAAGGAACCACGCGGCUGAAUUCGUUUAUAAGAAUUACAAGACUGUAAAGCACAUUUUACCGUUUUUAUAUGUCCUCGAGGUGCCAAAUGUGUCAUGUGGAGCAUCAGACGUUGGAGCGACGGGAAGCGGUGGCCCAGACGUCAGUCUGUAACCCAACGGAAGCAUCUUGAUGUGUUUCUGGAUCAGCAGGUGGACUCCUCUGUCUGUUAACUCUGGUUCACUGACCAAGCAGCUUUGGCUAUGACUUCUGUCUCUAAUGUGCAUUGUUCAUACUGUAAUGUUUCUGGUGAAAACUUUUAUUAAUAUAUUUUUAUUUAUUGCAGUACGUAAAGUGUGUGUUUGUUUUUGAUAAUUUUGUAAUGUAAAUAAAAUGAUUGUGACCCUGUUUUUAA